AAAGUUUAAAGUGAUUUUACAUUAAUUAUAUAUAUUUUGACACUAAAUUAAACAUUAGUUUGUGUGUCAAUUAGUCAAUUGCCCUAAACAUGGAUAGCAAACAUCAGGGCUCGACAUACGAGUCAUCGCCAGACUUGGAGUACAUUGACUAUCAACUCAAUUAUGUCCGCAAUAGUCGUUCAAUAGGUGUUUUGUGGGCCAUCUUUACCAUGUGUUAUGCCAUCAUCAAUGUUGUUGUCUUCAUUCARCCGCAAUGGUUGGGCGACACCGAGACGUCUCCAGGAACGGGAUAUUUUGGUCUUUGGAGGUCUUGUCGAUUGCUUCAGGACGGACAGGACCUGAUAUGUGAGGGACGGUUAGAUGAUUUCAGUACAAUAUCCACUCCUGCCUUUCGUGCGGCCACUGUGUUCAUCGGACUGUCUGUCCUCACAAUUAUGUUAUGUUUGUUAGCAAUGCUCUUAUUCUUCUUCCUUCACUCGUCGACAGUGUUUCACAUCUGUGGUUGGCUUCAGGCAACUACUGCUCUAUGUAUGUCAGUGGGUGUCCUCAUAUUCCCUGCCGGAUGGGACGCCCCCUCUGUCAAAGAGGUUUGUGGUAAUGAAGCGGACAACUAUGCCAGUGGACAGUGCGGUCUUCGGUGGGCAUUCAUUCUGGCCAUUAUCGGUGUCAUUGAUUGUAUCGUAUUAUCCAUAUUGGCCUUUGUUUUGGGCACACGUUAUGUCAAAUUAUUGCCCGAUCAGUAUAUUAGUAACAAAUCUACAUAUAUUAAUAAAGGAGCCUUUACUAUAUAUUGAACUCAAGCAAUACAUUUGACAAACAUAAAAAAGCCUCAAGAAAACGGUCGGCAUAUUUUGACCACUGGUCAACAUAUUGUUUAAAUUAUUAUUAUUAAUCGUUUUCAACAUUUUUAUAUUUUUUUGGGUCAUUUUUUACAUCACUUCAUUUAUAGUUAUAGACGUAUAGCACAUAUUUAACGAUUAAUCAGUUUAUUAUUUUCAUAUUUCAACCAUUAAUUAUUAUAAAAGUUUUAGUACAGGAUUUGCAAAACUAAAUUAUACUUCAAAUUAUAAUUGCUAAUUUAUAAAAU